CUCCACCACAAAAGAACGUUUUGAAAUACAUUUUAAAACGGGCAGUUUAAUUUCAUAAUAUCCCAUCCGGGUAAAGUAAUGACCUGUCGCCUCUGUUGUUUUUGUACAGUCAUUUUAAAGGUCUACUCUUCUGCCCUCUAGUGAAGCUUUAUAGCAACACCGUCGUGCAGGAUGACGUGCUGCCGCUCUUUCAGCCAAUCAGCGCACAGGCGGAAGCUGCUCGUUCUUUCUGUUUCUAAAACAGAAAGAAAGUCUCACGGCUGCUAGAAAUUACUGUUUUAUCUGGAAACUUGCUAUCCGUUGACAUUUGUAAAUGGAAAGUGUUUCUACAAAAGAGAAAGAUAACAUGACAUACCGCAAACGAAAAAGUGAAGAAACUACAAGCAGUAGUACAAGUAAGAUUGGUAAAAUUGAAGAGAACAGCUCUGAGUCUUGCCUCAGUCAGCCAAGUGAUCAAAGUGUUCAUGAAGUCAUAACUUACGAGCCAUCUAGUUUGCCAGCAGUCCACUAUGAUCCUGACACGACUGAGCCCAUCAGCUGCAGUCUGAAGUCUCUUGAUGAAUUAUUAUCGUGGAAACGCAAUGAAGCAAGUCCUUUUAAUGUGGCCACUGUGCCUUUGGCUAGCAGGUAUCCUCCACUGCACAGCUGCCCCAGACGCACAUUGGUGUCCCAUGACAUGAUGGGUGGCUACUUGGAGGACAGGUUCAUUCAAGGUGCAGAGGUGGAGAUGCCAUAUGUCUUCUAUCACUGGGAGUAUAUUGACAUCUUCAACUACUUCAGUCAUCAGAUGGUCACCAUUCCUCCUGCGGUUUGGACGAACGCAGCACAUAAGCAUGGAGUGCUCUCUAUAGGCACAUUCAUCACAGAGUGGACCGAUGGAGAGAAGAUAUGUGAGGCCUUCCUUGCAGAUGAGGAGAGUUACCGUGCAGCUGCCGAUAAGUUGGUUCAGAUUUCCCACUGCUACGGCUUUGACGGCUGGCUCAUUAACAUAGAAAAUGGGCUGAGUGAGACUGCGGUGAAGAACACUGGCCCUUUUCUGCGCUACCUCACAGACCAGAUGCAUGAGCGCGUUCCAGGCAGUGUGGUGAUCUGGUACGACAGCGUGCUGAAAAACGGCUCGCUUCAGUGGCAGAAUGAGCUCAAUGACGACAACAGAAUGUUUUUUGAUGCCUGCGAUGGAAUAUUCACUAACUACAACUGGACAGAGCAGAGUCUGGAGUGGAUGAAGUCCUACUCUGGGGCACAGGGCCGCUUUGCUGACAUCUAUGUUGGAGUUGAUGUGUUUGCGAGAGGGAAGGUGGUCGGGGGGAAAUUUGAGACCAAUAAGGCUCUGGAGCUGAUUCGGAAGUAUGAGUUUUCAACAGCCAUAUUUGCUCCUGGGUGGGUGUAUGAAUGCCAUGAAAAGGCAGAUUUCCGCCAGAACCAGGAUAAAUUUUGGAAUUUGCUGUCUGAUUUCGUUUAUAUCCACCGGCCCUCGUCCAGUCUUCCAUUCAUCUCCUCAUUCUGUCAGGGCUUCGGGAAGAGCAUGUACUGGAGGGGACAGGUGGAGAUGAAGAGAAGCUGGUUUAAUCUGCAUGCUCAGGAGAUCCAGCCUCUGUAUCUCUCUGAGAGCAUGGCCAAUGGCGGCUGGCUGAGAACCCGUGGCUGCUCCGAGGACGCUUGGAUCGGAGGCAGCUCUCUGAUGGUGGAGGGCAUGAUUCCAUCGGGACUUUCUGAAGUCUGUGCAAGGAUAUUUUCUCUCCAUAUUCCCUUGGCCCCCAAGACAUUUGUUUCUUUUGUCUACAAGCCACAAGUGGGGGUGAAGAUAUCCCUGGAGCUCAAAACGAUAGAUGGUCCUCUGUGCACAUUCAGUGGGACGGAAGAAAUCGCAUCUAGCAGUGUCUUUCCAGAAGCAUUAGAGGCGGACAACCAGUUGGUUGAGCAGUUUGCACAGAAUUGUGGCCGGUGGACUUUGGAUGGCUGGACUGCCAGGUGUUUCCUGUUGAAAAUGGUUGGCUGCUCAUUGCGAGACGUUUGUAUUCGUGUUUCCCGAGAUGAGGGCGAUGAAGAUGUUUCCUUUAACUGCAGGAUUGGAGAGAUUAUGCUGUUGGAUGCAGAGAGUCUUCAAGCACCCCUGCAGUCUGUGGAAGGCAUCUGUGUGAAUGAUGUGGUGUGGCACACAGCUACUUCGAAUGGAGACGGUCACACACUCAAGGUACUUCUGAAUGCCACGUUACGCUGGCAAUACCCCAUCCAGCAGGUCCGCCAUUUCCGGAUUCACUGGAGGCAUCUCCGUGGUCCUGACCCUCGCAUUCCCCCUGGUCCACUGACUCUGAUUGGCAGGUCUUACUCUACCCUGUACCGUGUGGUGGAGCUGGAGGUGCCUGCCGCUCCGGGUCUCAUAGAGCUAGUGGUGGAGCCCGUGAGCAGAGAGGGAUUCAGAGUGCCUGAGGCUCAGUGGGGCCGCCGCACACUCAGCUACAGCGCCAGCUCCUCACACAACCCUUCAGUCUGAAACCUUAUUGAUCAAGUGCCUUAAUAAAUGGGUCAACAUCACUAUAAACUGCCUUUGAGACUUCACUAUUUCCAAAAUAGAAAUACAUAUUUUUUUUUUAUUAAGGAGACUGUAGGCUGUUAGAAAUGCAUAUUGGUCAAGCUCCUGCACUUUUUUAAAAAAAAAAGACUGCAGUUUCUAGUAAACUACAAAAUGUGUCCAGUCUGUCAUGGACAAAUUUAAAGUAGAGUAUAUUCAUGCAGGUAUGCAUGACAUUUUGUAAAAUUCUUGCAUUUCAAUCGAUUUAAAUUAGAAUUGUAAGACACUAUUGGGCUGUUCCCAAAUCAAAUUAAAUCAUUAUAUAUAUAUAUUAAAUAAUUGUAAUUUCCACAGACUGUAUACACUGCACUUAGAAUUGCAUAAAUAAAGCUAUGAGAUUAAUGGGUUUUAAGUGUUAAUGAAUAAAAAUGUAAUAUUCAAUUCUGAUAGUAAUAAAAAAUGAAAUCAUACUCUAAAUUUCGAAACUAAAGCCACUCGCUAGAUUAGUUAAAACCCGGAUUAAUUCAUUAACGAAACACGGCUUUAUGUUGCUCAGAGAUGCACAACAGUUUCACUCUGGAGAAAUGGAACAAAAACAGACAAUAUUGACAGUAUUGUGUUUAAAAAUAACUAUUAUUAUUUACAGAUAUUUUUUAGUUUUCGUUCAUUGAACUGUUGUAUAAAUGCAAUAUCACAUUCGCAAUCGAGCAGAUAUUCAGGAAAAUGGCACUUUUGCUUACUUAUCUUGAAUUUUUGGCACAUUCUAAUCGGCUACAUCACAGUGCUUUCCAUCAUGUUCAUCACUAAGCAACUGCAAGCAGUGGAACAUAGCAUACAGUUCUGGGCUGGGGUGCAUUCAGUGCAUUUAUCAAUUCACCCUUUCCCCCCGUAAUUAAUCACUCCAAUUUAACAUGUUAAAUCAAUAGCCUUCAUUAAAACAUUAUCAGAAUUUGGCAAAAACUAUGCACAUGUCCCCCGUCAUGGAAGGCUUUGAGACAGGGUGGACAUUUUUGCUUCGCAUUUAAUAAACACAUGGUGUACCUUCAGUCAGCAAAGUGUUUCAUUGUUGAAGUUGAAUAUGUACCGCCUAAAAUUUAUAUUUUGAAUUUCUGAAAAACUUUUAUGUAAAUUAAUAUUUUACUAGGGUGGACAUGUAAAGCUUGACAACAUGCAGCUUCAAACACAAUAUGAUGAAAAUGAGGAAAUAUAAUGUAGAUACUUGGUGUACUUGCAGCAGAUGUUUUAACCUCCGGUGAAGAAAGGAUAAAUGGAUGUGGAGAUUUCACUGUGUAGAUAAGAGGGUUUCUAAAAGGGGCACUGACAACAUCAUGACAGGGUGGAUAGCAAUCAGGGACAUGUGCAAAAUGCUUAAUAUUAUGAAAAUAGAAUAUAAAUGAAAAAUCUGACAUGUUUUAUUAACAACUGGCUGAGGGAAAAAAGAAUAUUUAAAAAAUAAUUUUUAAUAUUGUGUUAUUUAACCACUUUUUACACUCAGUGAAGUUAGAUGAGCUGCGUGAGGGACAUGCCAAAGUCACAUACAUCUAAUCAAAGAAAAGGUAUAAAAUGAGAAAAAUAAAUUUCAAGAGUCUGUAGUUGUAGUUAUGUGUGCAAAUGUUUGGCAAAUUUUCAUAUUUAAGAAUUGCAUUAUAUUGUAUUAUGUUCACGACGACUGAGUGUUUCUGAUAAGGACACCAAAGGCACUUUUUAGUGAUUUUGACCCAAAUGUGUGAUGUGUUGGUGCAAAAUAUGUAUUCCGUAUUUCGUAAAUGACUGAAAACUUAAUUGAAGAGGCAGCAAAUCAAAUUUGCACUAUAUGCAAUAUUAUUCUCAUAUGUGACCUAAGUGUGAAUAAAAAAAAAAAGCAGAAUAAAAAAUAUUUCCAUUAAUGUAUGGUUUGUAAGGAUAUGACAAUAUUUGGUUGAAAUACUAUUUGGGAAUCUGGAA